GUGUUUCAGCAGAAACGGGGCGAGUUGCUCAUCACCCUCGGAUUCGCAUCCCAAACCCAAAUAGCCAGUUCCGAACCCAAACCCAUUUCUCCCUGCUGAUACCGAGAGUCUACAAUCAAAUACCGAGCGGGCGGUAGUAGUGCGAAGCGUACCAACAAGCGCUACGAGACGAGUCCUGAUAUGGAGGGCUUGCAGGAUAUUGUAGUCGGCAGUGCAGGCACAUCUGAGCCAUCAAACUCCGAAAGUUUACAGCCAACCACUCAGGAACUGAUCGACAUUUGUCCUCGCUUUCGAGUCUUGGUAGUUGGAAAGUCGGGUGUAGGGAAGUCGACUCUGAUCAAUCGAAUCUUCGGUCUGGAAGUUGCGGUUGAGUGAUUGAAGGUUUUCAUUCUUACCUUACAUUAACGAA